AUGGUGACUUCACCUGAGGGAUUCAGUGACUUGGACGUUUUCUCAAUAGGAGGCAUUCUUUUUCUUGAAGGUCUGGUGGGAUUCUCUCUCAAUGCUCUCACACUUGUUUCUUUCUUCAAAAUACGACAAUUACGAACCCCAAGUAAUUUCCUAGUGUUUAGCCUGGCAAUGGCUGACAUUGGAAUAUGCAUAAAUGCGACUGUUGCAGCAUUCUCAAGCUUUUUGGGAUAUUGGCCCUAUGGGUCAGAGGGAUGUCAGACUCAUGGUUUUCAAGGAUUUUUAACUGCCCUUGCUAGCAUUAAUUUUAUUGCUGCAAUUGCUUGGGACAGGUACCAUCAAUACUGUACAAGAACGAAGUUACAAUGGAGUCAUGUAAUUCCCCUGGUCUUGUUCAUCUGGUGUUUUACUGGAUUUUGGUCUGCCAUGCCAUUGCUUGGAUGGGGAGAAUAUGCUUAUGAACCCCUCAGAACAUGCUGUACUCUGGAUUAUUCCAAAGGUGACAGGAACUACGUGUCCUAUAUGCUCCCAAUGGCUGUUUGCAAUCUGUUUAUACAAGCUGUCACCGUUAUGAGUUCUUACCAAUCAAUUGAAAGAAAAUUUAAGAAGACCGGCCAAUAUAAGUUUAAUCCUGGCACUCCUUUGAAGACAUUGCUGUUUUGCUGGGCUCCAUAUGCAAUGCUGUCCUUAUAUGCUGUUUUUGAGGAUGCCACUCUUGUGUCACCUAGGCUGAGAAUGGUGCCUCCUCUUUUAGCAAAAACAUCCCCUACAUUCAAUGCCUACUUGUAUGCCUUUGGAAAUGAACACUAUAGGUGGGGGAUCUGGCAGUUGCUUAAUGGACAUAAGAGUGAAAACCGUUAAUGUCGUGACUGCAAAUAAAGCAAAUUUUUUAUUUUUCAAUUUCCGCUUAAGGAUAUUUGGCAUAUUUAUAAUUUGUAUUCAUAACACACAGUGUGGCACUGAUUAAUCAUUUAAAUAAUAGGUGUAGUGAGAGGGUAUUCAUUUAUGUAUUGCCUGAAAUCUAGUUGACUUGGUGACUAUUAUGGUUGUGAUUUAGCUGAAUUAUUUUUAGAAUGACCAAACUUCUAAUCACACCUUUAUAUUUUGGGAUAGAUGUGCCAUACCAUUUUACACACCAUGUACAUGUCCAUAUUGAGCCAUAACGGAUCAAAUGGAGCCAAUAAGACAUUAAUAUUGAGAGAAAUGUGGCAUUAAUGGCUUAUCUUGAAUACUUAACCAACUAUCUGUGAAUAGGUGAAACGAUUUAAGAGGCCUUAUGUAAUUAGCCUGGAUGUACAAAAUUUUUUGUUUCACUUAAGUCUGUAAUUUUAAUAUGGUCUGUCUAACCUGUUUUUAAUUAUACACAACAGUAUAUGCGCUAUU